AUCGUAAAUAUCAAUUAAGGAUAGGUUUUAUCAUUUGGUUAAAAUUACGGGUAUUUAAGACGACGUGAUUGGUAUACUUAUUUGCAACCACUCUCCUAACGGGUUCUUAACACUCCGUUCUUUCAUGGGUUUUGGGCCGUAAAUCGUAAGGAGAUUUGGACUGAACCAUAAAUCUUUGUUUCGUCCGAAGCUUUUUUCGCCAUUGCUUCUCCGGUCUGAUCUUCACAUUCGCUUCAGCUGUAUGCAUAUUCGAUCAGCACAAGAUGGAAAAGUUCUUCUCGGUGCAGCAAAUCCACACUCGCUGCGAAUCUUCCCAUUCAAUCAAGCUUGUUUCGGGGCCUCCUUCCUGUGGAAAAACCUCCUUGCUUUUUCAGUUCGCUUUUAAUUUGGGUCUGGAGGGCAAUGUUACCUUCAUCUGCAACCGCCGCAAAUUAGAAAACAAACCUCCAUAUCUUUCUCAGGGAGUUGAUCCAACAUCCGAAACCUUUCGGCGUAUACAAAUGAAGUAUUUGGAGGAUGACGAUGGAAUUAAGAAGUACUUCUCUGCGUUUCACUUACAUAGUACACUUCCUGUGGCGGUUGUUAUUGAUGAUUUUGGGGAUUUUUUCGAGGAAAGGCGAUGUCAAGCAAAAUAUGCUAAUCCUCGCGGAAGAGACAUAGCAAUGGUUAGAACAUUAGCUCUUUGUCACAAUGCCGUGAGUCUAGCAAAUCAAUGUAGGCCUUGCCAGCUUGUGUUGUCUGAUACACACCAUGGAGAGUCCCCAAGGUUGAUUUUCAUAUAUAAGAGAUGGGUUCCAACCAUUUUCACCAUAAGAGGUGAUGGGGCUGGUUGGUUUAUCCUGAGAAGUAUUAACAAUUGUGGAAAUGAUUGUUGUUUGAGGACUAAAAGAGCAAAGUAUUCGAUUGCUCUUCAGUUCCUGAGUUUGGAGGAAAUUUCUGAAGACAGUAGGGAACGGUGAAUAUCUUGGCAGCUUGAGCGAUUCAUUUGUAAGUAUGUCUAUUGAUCUUUUCUUUUUAGGACUUCUAUGAUAUUUUACUGUUGAUAUAUUAGUAUUUAUUGUUAAAGAACAAUCUUCUGAUAUCAGUUUCUCUAUUGUCUAAUCUUAGUGUCUAUAUAAGAUAACUUUUAUGAUGGGUGAUUCAUUGUUCUCUGUAUAUUAUAAAUCAAUCAAGCUUUUGAUAUGUCAAUCUUGAAACAGCUUGAAAUUCUUUCUAUUUUCUCACUAAGUGAACAAGCAGUUUGUUUAUGGAAAAUUAUUGCCUUCCAGACGAUCACAAAAAUGGUUCCCUCUGUCGUUCUACUACUAUAAUUUGUAUUUAUCUUAGAAGAGAUGGUCUUUAUGUUCUUUCAGAAUAUCGAGUAUUGAUCAGCAUUGAAGAACUUUGUAGUCAAUUAAUCAUUUACAGGCAUAAGAGAGCAAAGGAGAAAAGAAAAUUAAAAAAACAACUGAAAGUUGACUCUAGGCUCAACCCUUGUUUAUAUGUACUAAUUCCCAAUAAGAUUUUUUUUUCUAGUAAACUCCUUUUUGAUACUCUGGAUCACAGAACUCACCACCCAAAUCAUCACAAGCCUCCGCCGGAAAGACUCUGCAAGAAUCAUUUAAAAGACAAGAAUAUCAAUGCAUGUAGAAGUAUGAAAUAGUGUUGUUUCAUAAAAAACGAAUUAAUAGAGGAUGAAAGGUCCUAUGGUUUGUUGCUUUGAGAUCUUACGUCUUGGGACUGUCAUAUUGUAGAUACUCUCUCUCAACUGGCUCUGUAACACUACUCCCUUUUUUGGCCUCUGGUUUUAGUUUUACUUCAGGAUACAUUUCCACAUCACAAGCUUCACCUCCUACAGUGUCACAAGCCUCUGCUGGAAAAACACUUCAAAAAUAGACACAAAAGAGUAAAUGAAGGUCUUAAAAUCAGACAUAUUGUGGGGUAACAACCAGGUAUAAAAUGAUUUGGCUUACGAGGACAUGGAGCUGUAGUCAACAGUUGAAGGUUCUUGUCCUACUGCACUUGCCUUUGCUUUUAGGGUGCCUUGGCUUUGCCUUGGCAGGGACCUAGUUUGGAUUGAGAAGGCCAUUAAUUUGGCUGUUGGUGGGAGGAGGGAGCAUGAUGGAGGUGCUAUGGAAAGAGCUGCCUGCAACUGCAUGAUGAACAAUGGUUCGGUUCGGUCUGCCACGAAGUUGGUGCUUGGAUGUAUCUUUAGAGUCGAAUUCAGAUUUAUAAGGUUAAACAGAUAAAGUUGGAAAGAUAUCUCGUGACUGGAUAAGGUUUUAAAUCAAUAAUGUAGAAUUGAAAGCAACUUUUUUUCUCCUUGAAAAACGAGUGGUUGUGUAGAUUUGAAUUGAUAUAUUAUUAUUACAUCUUUUGUCUCUUUA